AUGUAUAAAUUUCACAUCAGAAGGGUCAGAGCUGUUGCUGGAUCUAUGUGGAAUAGAAAUCUCUCCAAGAUCAGACAGUCUUUUAGAAACGUCUAUCAAAAAUGUAACGUUCAACACCAAUGCUCAGCUAGCUAUCCAACAGUGACUUCCCAUGAUAGUGAUGAAGAUGACCUCAGUUUGGAUGAAGAAAAAAAGUUUACUGAAAUACUACAAGAUAUUCAUACAUCCCAAGAUGAUCUUCUGAAUCAAACAACUGAUAUGGUCAUUAUGAUAGCAAGAAUCCAGGAAAAGAUGGAUCUAUAUGACACACAGAUAGAUAUCCUACAAACCAGAAUGAAUGCUAAUGAAGACAAACAAGCCAUUAUCACCAAAGAUAUCCUCUCUCUGAAAGCAAACAUUGAUGCGUCAAAGAAGAAGAUGACAGAACUGGAAAACUGGAGUUCACGCUCCAAUAUGUGCUGUUUAGAAAUUCCAGAGGAAGAAGCAAAAGACAAAAUUAUAGAACUGUUUCAAAAAAUUGUACAGCCAGAAGCUCAGAAGAAUACAUCGAUUUCUACAGAUUCAAAAAUGUCUACAGCAAACCCCGCCGAAGUUCCCAUUCCAGCAUCUUCUCAUAGUCUGGAGGAAAACCCAACUUCUCCUAAAGGUAAAACUCCAAAGAGAAGUAACCCAGAAAAUGCAUCAAGAAACUUACAAAAGGCAAGAUCAAAUAUUUACAUGUACCCAGACUUCAGAGCAUGGAUCAAGCUGUUUGUUCGAGGAGGAAAAUGGAGAGUUUUCCUCCAUGCCACCAAGUUAGAUGAAUGUGUCCCAUGGCUUCUUUCUAGACCAACCAAACAUCCCGAGGAAUCGCUAACCACACCCCACAGAGAACCUCUCUUUGGUGGAUUUAUUGAAAACCUGACCAAAAUCUACCUCUCUGUUGUGAACUACUUUUACUGCCGUUUUGGCUUCUCAGAAGUAGAAGUAACUCGCCUGUAG